AUGGCCACGUCGCGAGUGCUCAAGGAGAUUUCGCCAGCCGUGACGAAAAUCGGGUGGAUUGGCACGGGAGUUAUGGGCGCCGCCAUGUGCGGGCACCUGCAGGCUGCUGGCUAUGCCGUCAACGUCUUCAACCGCACGCCCAGCAAGGCGGCUGCACUGGUGGGGCGGGGGGCAGUACUGUGUGAGUCGCCGGCUGCUGUGGCGGCCAACUCAGACGUUGUCUUCAGCAUCGUGGGGUAUCCCCAUGACGUGCAGCAAGUGGUGCUGGGUCCCACAGGCAUUCUCUCCGCUCUCAAACCAGGAGGCAUUCUGGUGGACAUGAGCACGAGCCAGCCAUCCCUGGCCAGAGAGAUAGCGGCCGCGGCAGAGGCAAGGCAGUGCUGGGCGGUGGAUGCGCCAGUGUCAGGCGGGGACAAGGGCGCGCGGGAGGCAGCACUGGCGAUCAUGGCCGGGGGAGACGAGGCAGUGGUGCAGGCGCUGCAGCCUCUGCUGUCAUGCAUGGGCAAGUGCACGUACAUGGGGCCUGCUGGGGCCGGCCAGAGCUGCAAAAUGGCCAACCAGGUGACGAUAGCGAGCACCAUGGUGGGGCUGGUGGAGGGCCUGCUGUACGCACACAAGGCAGGGCUGCAUAUCCCCACAUAUCUGGCUGCCAUUUCCAAGGGAGCAGCAGGGUCGCGCUCUCUUGAUCUCUACGCCUCGCGCAUUCUCCAACGAGACCUCCUGCCAGGUUUCUUUGUGAAGCACUUUGUGAAGGACCUUGGGAUUGCCCUUGAGGAGUGUAGGGCCAUGAGCCUUUCCCUACCAGGCCUCGCGCUGGCACAGCAGCUGUAUGUGUCACUGCAGGCACACGGGGAUGGUGAUCUGGGAACACAAGCCCUUGUGCUGGCUCUAGAACGGUUAAACAAUGUGCAGCUUCCCAAGCUUCCACCCAGUUAG